GCCAUACGCAUUUCAGACAAAAAGUACGAUAUUCUGGUAAAGUUAAUAAGAGAAUACGGAAUGGAAACAAUUUUUGGCAUGAUUCCAGCUUCCAAUGCGAUGUUACGUAAGAGAUUAAAAAAUAUGAAUAAGGCAGAAGAAGCGAAGAAAAAGAAAAAAGAAUUGAGGAAAUUGAAAAAACAAGAAAAUGACGAGGAUGCUGAAUUCAAUGCAAAGAGAAAACCUAAAAGUAUUGAAGAAAUAUUGGCGGAUAGCGAUGAUGAGUUCGAUGAAGAUAUGGGCAAUGAAGAGUCAAGGAAAAGGAAGAAAAGAACAUCGCGAAAGGAAGCCUGGAUUCAUGAGAAUGAAGAGAUCGUUGAUCUCGUUGAUCGUGCGGCUGCUCGAAAUAUAUCAAGUAAGUCUAGAUAUUUUUCAAAAUUCGAUUAGUCGAAGUUGGAAUUAGAUUUACAAAAUACUUUUUUAGCGACGCAACCUAUAGUCGCUAUUAAUUCAAAAAUAGCAGCUAUAAAACGGAAAGAUCGUGAAUUUAAGAUUACGUCUGAUGGCCGUCUUACUAUCACAGUAGAUAAUGAGAAAGAUAAUGAACCAGAACCCAAGAGAAAGAAGAAAUCUGCGCUUUUGUUGCACAGUGAUUCAGAAGACGAUUAUUCAGAAGACGAAUUGGGGUUAGA